ACCGCUGCUGCUGCUGCCGCCGCUUCGCUGCUCCAUGGACGAGACCAGCCCGCUGCGCUCGCCGCUCCAGCCGCCGCCCGACACCUACCUGGCCACGGCGGUCACUGCCAGCCGGGGGGCGGCGGGAGCCGGCGGCGCGGUGCGUGUACCCGCCGCCGCCGCCUCCUCCUCUCCGCCCGGUUCCCCCGGCGGCCGCGGGCACGAGCGCCAGCCGCUGCUGGGCGGGCACUCGCACUGGCACGGGCACGGGCACGGGCACGCGACCGCCGUCCUCAACGAGUUCCCGGACGAGCCCGAGAUGGCGGAGGCGCUGCGGCGCGCGGAGCAGGCGCAGGGGUUGGGCGUCCACCCGCAGCGCAUCAGCCAGGGCUCCAGCGGCAGCUACUUCAUCAGAGACCCACAGGGGAAGAUCAUAGGUGUUUUUAAACCUAAAAACGAGGAGCCAUACGGACACCUGAACCCCAAGUGGACCAAAUGGCUGCAGAAACUGUGCUGUCCGUGUUGUUUUGGCAGAGACUGUCUCGUUCUCAAUCAGGGUUAUCUCUCAGAGGCUGGGGCAAGCUUGGUGGACCAGAAACUGGGGCUGAAUAUCGUACCAAGGACUAAGGUAGUACAUUUAGCAAGCGAAACUUUCAACUACAGUGCGAUUGACAGAGUGAAAUCCCGGGGUAAGAAACUGGCUCUCGAGAAAGUGCCAAAAGUAGGGCAACGGUUUCAUCGGGUAGGCCUACCACCCAAGGUUGGUUCCUUCCAGCUGUUUGUUGAAGGCUAUAGAGAUGCGGAUUACUGGUUACGCAGGUUUGAGGCAGAGCCUUUACCCGACAAGACCAACCAGCAGCUGCAGAUGCAGUUCGAGAGGCUGGUAGUCCUGGACUACAUCAUCAGAAACACAGAUCGAGGUAAUGAUAACUGGCUGAUUAAAUACGACUGCCCUAUGGAUGGAGCCAGCACGAAGGACCCUGACUGGGUGGUGGUGAAGGAUCCUAUAAUAAAGAUUGCAGCCAUAGACAACGGAUUGGCAUUCCCUCUGAAGCACCCAGACUCGUGGCGGGCAUAUCCUUUCUACUGGGCCUGGUUACCUCAAGCAAAGACACCAUUUUCGCAGGAAAUUAAGGACCUUGUUCUUCCGAAGAUUUCAGAUCCAAACUUCAUCAAAGAUCUCGAAGAGGAUCUUUAUGAGCUCUUCAAGAAAGAUCCAGGUUUUGAUCGAGGACAGUUCCACAAGCAAAUAUCUGUCAUGAGAGGGCAGAUCUUGAACCUCACACAGGCUUUGAAGGAUGGGAAGUCGCCACUGCUACUCAUCCACAUCCCGCCGGUCAUCGUCGAGACGACUCGGAGCCACCAUCGGAGCAACGACUUGUACACACAGAGCUUCCAGAGCAGGAAACCCUUCUUCACGUGGUGGUAGCGUGGCCGCAGAGAGGGAGAGCCAUCCUGCGAACAUAGUGAUUGAAGGUCCUGACCGUUCUCGUCUCCUUCACCCUCAGUGGGUUUGUGUCACUACUUGCAGAGCGAGAGGGGCCCGCUUUGUGCGUUGCCCCGUGUAUGACCAUUGCACAAGAUGUCACUACGUCCCUACAAAAUGGUGUACGUGGGGGAAUUCUUCUGGAUUUGCACUUAAUUCAAGUACCCUUCCCCGAAUGGUUCCAUCAUUCCUCUACACCCACUGGAAUUGAUGCUGCUGCUUCUAUUGAGCUAAUUUGUGAUGCUUUAGGCGCAGUCUCUCUCCGCUGUCUUAACUCUCUCCUAUUUACUGAGCCCCGGAACUGCAGUUUGGUUUGCACUAUUAAUGGUUUUGGUUCAAAUUGCAACCAGGCGCACUUCACGGUGAAUGUAUGGCCGUGCUGAAAAUGGAACAAUCUGCUAUGUUCAUCGUCCUUCCCAAUCCACCUGGCAGCGCGUUCCUGCUUUGAAAAGAUAUCAAGAGAUCUGCGGUUACCAGAAGCAAUCGUGCCAUCGUGCUUUGAACAAAAAUCUGUGAGGAGGGACGUGACUUAAUGUUCGUUCGAUUGGGAUGGGUCGCCGCGGAGAGGAGAAAGGGCAUGAUAAUUACUCCCAUCCGCUCACCACAGCCUUGCCGCAGUCUGAAUACCCUGGCGGGAUCGAAACCUUCCUCGCUGCAGACUUCAUCCUCUAACCUACGGCAUGAGUCUGCACUUCUGUAGAUAACUCCCCUCCCUCUCCUGCUCUCCUCCCUGACCUCCUGCUCCCCUACAUUACACCUGUUUAAGUAGGGGAAGGAAGGGGUGUGCAUGUGAAAUGGCAUUCAGUCUACAUAGUUCGAUUGAUCAUGAACAAGAAAUAACUGCAAUCAGAAGCCAAUAUAGCAUGUAUACAAACAUGCAUGUAUAUAUAUCUAUAUUAAAAAAAACAAGCCAAAAAUAAUUGUUAAUGCAAACAUUUUGCACCAGGGUCUUGUAGCUGCCUGCUAUUUCCAGUGCACCACCUCUUGGCAUUAUUGGUUUUAAUCUUGCUGUGACUCAAGUAUGCUCAGCAGAUUCAUGUUCAGGUUGCUAAUAUUCCACUUUGCUGAUCUUUCUGCCUUUAUUUCCUCUCCCAAACAAAGUUAUUUCUCUGGAGCAGUGAUGGCAGAGUGAAAGGAGGUGGUGCUGGUCUUUGAAACGGUCUGCUUCCUUGGUUCCCAGUUGUCAGACUGAGGAGAGGAGUGUCUUUCCUCUUGAUUCCCCAUGCUUCCUGCCUUCACAUAUGGUACAGUGGGGAAAGCAAGCUGUUGGGUCAGAGGGCAAGGGGACUGUGUUGAGAGGCAGGUGAUGUCCCAUUUAGGUCAUGUAUUCCCCUUGGAAUGGGCAACUUGCUUCAUCUCUGAAAUUGGGCACAUACGCAGCAAGGUUUAAAGAUUCUCUCUGAUUUGCUGCAUUAUGAUCACCCACAUAAUGAGAGGAGGUAACAGCCUCUGAUUCGUUCUUUUUAUUAAAAUGGUUAAUAUGAGAAAUAAGCUGCUUGAAAUACAAACUCGGACCUUUAGAGCCAGAUUCCUGAUUAGAUCGAGCAAUUGGCUGAUUUACAAAUGGAUCUACUUAAAAAUUGAAUGGAUGGCCCUCAUCUCUCCUGUGGUGAAUCUGAUGUUCUCUGAUUCCAGGCAUGCAGAAACUACCUUGUAGCUCUUAACUUUGUCAUCCCCUGACUAAGAGACAGCAGAAUUAAAAUGGUGUCCAAGUUAUCCUUUGGUACGUUCAAGAUUGAAACGCAAGCGUGCAGUAAAAUAAUAAUUGCUUCAGUAGCUGUAAUGCCCAGACUGGGUUGCGUCUGCUUCUAACACUAAAUCCUGCGGUUUUUUAGACCCUGCUCCUAAUUAUUAUUGGAGUAGAGGGAGGGUUGAGGUGUGCAACACGCUUUGUAAAUUUGUACUGAUGGUGAGCCAUCAUCGAGGCUGUUCAACAUUUGAAAGGUUCUAACGUCCUCUGAAGUUUUAUUUAACAAUCGUUUACAGAAGCGAGGUGGUCUCGGAUGUGAAAGGAGUCAACGUGCUCCGACAUCACAGCUAUAGAUCCUGGUGUCUUGCUCAAUUACUAAAACAUGGUGCAACAAUAGCUUGGCUUGAGUGAGUGGGAUCACAAUACAACUUUACAUAUCAGCAAAUAUCUCUCCAUCCAUCUUCGUCACCAGAAACCUUUGCAAGAAUUGCAGAUGCUACUUACAAAAAGCGACACAAAGUAUCGGAGUAACGCAGCGGGUCAGGCAGCAUCUCUGGCGAACAUGGAUAGGUGUUGUUUCGGGUGGGAAUUCUUCAUUGAAGACCCUUUCAGACCCAAAACGUCACCAAUUCAUAUUAUCCAGAUAUGCUGCCUGAUGUGCUGCGUUACUCCAGCACUUUGUCUCUUUUUUUGUAAACCAUCAUCUGCAGUCUCCUCCAUCUUUGAAUUAGAUACUUUUGACGAUCCUUUGGCAUAGAAACCCCCUUCCCCAUUCUUUUUAUUCAUCUUAUGUCUUUUAACAUUUUUUCCAAAAUCUUGUGUAAAAAAACA